AAACUAAAACAUAUAUACAUCGAAAACAACUAAGUAUAAACAAUAGUCAUGGCUAAGUCUGCUACCAUCGUUACUCUUUUCUUCGCUGCUCUUGUUUUCUUUGCUGCUCUUGAAGCACCGAUGGUGGUGGAAGCACAGAAGUUGUGCGAGAGGCCAAGUGGGACAUGGUCCGGAGUUUGCGGAAACAGUAACGCGUGCAAGAAUCAGUGCAUUAACCUUGAGAAAGCACGACAUGGAUCUUGCAACUAUGUCUUCCCAGCUCACAAAUGUAUCUGCUACUUCCCAUGUUAAUCUACCAAGAGCUCUUAAUGCUUAAUUAUAAAGUGUGUAUUUCUAUUAAAUAAGUAUGUGUCACUCUAUGAGAGGUCUUAUGACAUGUACCAGAUAUGUUAUGUUGCUUUGUUUUAAUAAGAUAAACUUUUACGUACGACGUAU